AUGUAUAAGGCUGCGCCGCAACGCCCCAAGAAGACGAGUAUAGUCCGGUCUCGAUCAGGCUGCCAAGCAUGCCGACAACGCCGGGUCAAGUGCGAUGAGAAAAAACCGUCAUGUCGCGCAUGUGUACGUCGGGGGGACAAAUGUGAGCCGAUCACUCCCAAUUUCGACUUCCGUGAUGGCGUCGGGGUUGCUGCCAAGCCACGAGCCAUUCGCCGCGUUGAACGGAAGACGCCUAGCAAAGAGCUACAGGGCCGGGUUACAGCUGCUCUGGAUGAGGAUCAUCAAGAUUCGUUGAUGGACUUCUCGACUCAACCCACUCGGUCAAAAAAUCCCCUCACACCUGAGUCCCACUUCAUGGACGGCGAAUGGCUUUCAUGCAGUCCAAUAACACCUCAAUCUAUGACCACGACGUUUCCGUCCCCACUACCAAGCCAAACAAUGAUGCGGUCUCUCGGCCGGUCUGAAAAUGAGAUGUUGUAUCUCAUGCACUGGGAGCAGUCUUGUGCGCAAGCACUCCCGUCAUUCCAGUCACAUAUUCUCCUCAUGGCCGAGAAGCACGCGCCCCUCAUGCAAGCUCUAUUGGCUCUCUCAGCUUGUAAUAUGAGUCGUUCAUUGCCAGAAAAAACCGAAGGUUCGAUUGGAACAUCACCUUCACAAAUAAUAUACCGUCCUAGGCGUGACUGCCUCCAAGCAAGCCAACAUUACUACGGAUCCGCAAUCAAUCAAAUUGCCAGGAUCGUCGGCAAAGCUACAUCUAGCAGUGUAUCACACACGCUGGCUGCGAUGGUUCUCUUCUGUUAUUUUGAGUCCGCGAUGGGGGACUUUGCAGGCUUUGCUUGCCACGCCCAAGGCGUUGACAAGUUCAUAAACGCACACUUCACAGCAAUAUCAUCGAAUCCAAAAGACCGCGAUAUGAUUUCAGCCUGGCUUCAAGCAAAGUUCCACGCCUGGUGGCUCAGGAUGAACUUCAGCUCGUUUUCAUUCCAAGCUAGUCAAGGCUCACUUUGUCUAUCUUCGGAUAUCACUACCAUGCUUCGCUCUAUCAAUGCCGGUCGGACAAUAAUCAUGUCGAUCUUGUGCGAAUCAUAUCGUGUUAGUAACAUCGCCCUACUGCAGCUGGGGCCCUGUGGAACGCAAACCUCAGUUAUUACCGUUGGCGAGUGUGUUGAAUCUUUACAAACGGAAUCACGGAAGUUGGAUGAAUGGCAUUCCGAACUUUCGCAGUCAGAGCUCCCGAUCGAAUCAUUUCCCGGUUUUGUGAACCGCGACGAAGGGCACCUUCGUCCGCUUAGGUUUAAUUCCCAUUAUUUUGCGAUGAACUAUGCCUACUAUGUCUGUGCUCGAAUCAUGCAAUGCACUCACCUGCUGCAUGGAUUGGGAUCUACGGGUUCUCGACCAGACCACCCUGAAAAUCAGGAAAUUAACUACUGGAUGAUGUUACUAAUUCGCAUUGUCUCUGGUCUCGACAAAGGGGAUUGUUUUGGACGUAACGUUCAUUCGAUUGGAAUAUCCAGUCUUCUUAGUAUUUGUCUUCUUCGGUGUCAGGAUGCGAUGAUCGGAAAAUGGAUCGAGGACUGGGUGCAUGAAUGGGACACAUUAUCCGUUUUGGAGGAGGGAAGUUUUCCCAUCUACCAGACCCGGGAGACUAUUCGGCUGAUCAAUGAAGGGAAGGCUGCCGGCAAUGAGAUCUACGCGAUUGCACUACCUGAAGAAGAUGGCGGUGGUACUGGAAAAUACAUGUCGUAUAAUAGCCAGUGUUUUGAUGAAGUUCUAACGAUGGGGAGAAGAGUGAGCUCUGGACUUCUAUAUUGCGAGCUGGUGCCGAUCAAAGUUGAUAUUUAG